AUGUAUUCAUGUUCCUGUGGUGUCUUUUACGAGCAUCAAUCGCAAGUACUUGGAUGCGCAAAAGCUGGUCAUUAUCAACGACCAAAUAACAAUAAUAAUCGAAUCAUUCCAUCUCAAGGUCAACAAGCAAGUGCUCAAACUCAACUAGCAUCAAAACAACAUAUUAAUAUGGAUGUACUUAAUUCUCUUAUAUCAUUAAUAACAUUUUUUGUUAAGAUUGAAAGCAAAAAUAGUCCAUUAUUAUUAAAACAAUUAUUUGUUCAUAUAUUUUUUAAUCCUG